UCGCACGAGCUGAUUCAUAAUAUUAUGUUUGUCGUGCAUCGUGACAUAUGUAAUUGUAAGUUAACGAGCAGUUUCUUGACCUCUCUUUAAAAAUUUCAACUAGUCUAUUUUUCCUCAGUGAUAUGUUCAUCCAGAAUACGAAUAUCAAAAUAUUGUGAGUUUCCUUGAAUUGCACUGAAAGUGAGAUAAUUAUAGUGUUUUCCUAACUCUGCGAUUCAUUCAGAUAGUUCUCAACGAUAAGUAUAGAUAUAUGUUACUGUGAUGAUAAAGAUGAAGAGCAUUGUUGAUCUCUCGAUGUUCAAAUCCCGGAUUUUCCAAUACUUGGCAGCCUUUGGAGCUAAUAUGGGAAUGGUCUCUCUCGGAAUGCACUACGGCUGGUCCUCAACUUCGAUUCCCAGAUUGCAAUCAGUCAACUCAACAAUCCAAAUUACAAGUGACGAAGGAUCUUGGCUAGCAUCUGUAACUCCUUUGGGAGCCAUCGUAGGAACUAUUCUAGUAGCACUCACUUUAAAUUCCGUCGGUUACAAGAAGUUCAUCAUCCUCAUCUCCUUACCACUCACACUUUCUUGGCUACUCAUAGCCCUUGCCAAUAACAAAGUAUAUUUCUUCAUUGGAAGGAUCAUCGCUGGUAUUAUGGAUGGAAUCCUAUUUACGGUUAUACCUCCAUUUUUAUCGGAAAUUUCAGACCCAGACAUAAGAGGAUUUAUGGGUAUCACCUAUCUUCUAGCAUUAGUAAUUGGAAUGCUCCUGAUCAAUGUUCUGUUUCUAUGUGUUUCUGAUGUGACCACCGCUGCGAUUGCCUCAGUCCUCAGUCUUCCCAUACUUUUGAUAAUUCCUUGGCUGCCAGACAGUCCAUACUUCCUCCUGAUGAAGCAGGAUACUCUCGCAGCUGAAGCUAGCCUUCGAAAAUAUAGAGGAAAGAGUGAUGUGGUUGAAGAAAUUGAUAGAAUAACAAAAAGUUUAAUGCAAAACAGUGAUGAAGGUCGUUUUAUCGAUCUAGUCAGAAAUAAGUUUCACCGAAAGAGUUUGCUUUUAGCCAUGGGUUUGAUAAUAUUCCAACACUUGAGUGGAAUUAUGGCAAUUCAGUCAUACUGUGAAACAGUUUUCAUUGAAAGUAGCAGUUUUUUGAACCCUACAAUUUCAAAUUUAAUUUAUUUUAUAGUAUACUUCUUUGCCACCGUGUUAUCUCAGUUCUUGGUGGAUAUAUUCGGCAGAAGACUUUUGCUGCUGUCAUCGACUGGUUUAGUUAUCGCUAUGUUACUACUAAAUGGCACUUAUCUGUAUAUUAAGAACUGGACUACUAUAGAUACUACCAGUUUUGACUUUCUGCAGUUGGUUGCCAUUUUGAUAUACAUAUUAACCUUCAGUAUAGGACUCAACACUGUACCUACCCUCAUUGCCAGUGAGAUUUUCACUCCCAAUAUAAAAGGCGUCGCAUUUUGCGUGAUAAAUAUCUGUUAUAGUUUGAUAUCGACCGUUGUCAUAAAAUUUUUCAUUUGGUCCAAGGAUACAUUUGGUAUGUUCGUCCCUUUUUAUAUAUUCGCUAUUUGCAGUAUGCUGGGGAUGGGUUUUAGUGCAAUGUUCAUGCCAGAAACAAAGAAUAAGACUCUGGAGAAAAUACAAAUGGAAAUUCGUGGCCAGAAAGAGUGAAGUAAUUUGAUAUUAAAUUAUGGAUAUCUUCAAUGAAUAUACCCAGAGGAUUUGUUUUGAGAUAGGUUGGCUAAUUCUCCAUCUAUGUAUUUUGAUAUCUUUUAUAUUACUUGUUCAACUCCGAAUAAUUGAAAAUUAUACAAGUAUUUAUUUUUUAUAUAAUAUCUA